CCCAUGACCCGACCUAUUUCCUGGCAGACAAGCAGCAUGGCGGAUAGUGAAACUCUUCAACCGCAACCCAAAAAACGAACCUCUUCCUCUACCUCUGUGCUGUACAAUACAGACAAAUGGAUAGAGGAGAAUAAAAACUUCUUCCUGCCACCAAUCUGCAACAAAAUGAUGCACAAUGAUGGACAGAUGAAGGUGAUGUAUGUUGGAGGCCCUAAUCAAAGAAAAGAUUUUCAUAUUGAAGCAGGGGAGGAGUUAUUCUAUAUGCUGAAAGGGGAUAUGGUUUUAAAGGUAGUGGAAAAUGGAAAGCAUCGUGAUGUUUCUAUCAAGGAGGGUGAGAUUUUCUUGUUACCUGCUCGUAUAGCCCAUUCACCACAGCGUAAAGCAGACACCAUCGGGCUUGUUAUUGAGCGGGAGAGAACAGAAGAUGAAAAAGAUGGUCUUAGGUUUUAUCAAGAAAAAGAUGGAAAGCUAACCACAGAUGUACUGUAUGAAGAGUGGUUUCACUGUGAGGAUCUGGGCUCUCAGCUAACUCCAGCAAUUAAAAAGUUCUUUGCUUCAGAACAGUACAAGACAGGAAAACCCAUCCCAGGCACUAUUCUAGAAAAUCCACCUGUUGAACUCAAUGUGGAUAUAGCUCUUGAGGAUCCUUUCAAGUUGAAGACAUGGAUUGCUGAAAAUCAUUCUCAGUUGGAUGAGGAUGGUUUUAUUCCUGUCUACGGUGAUCCUUAUCAGUUUCAGGUGACAGUCUAUGGGAAAGGAAAAAACACUGGCAAGUGUGAUACAGCAGAGACAUUCAUCUGGCAGAUUGAGGGUUCAUCAAAUGUAACUGUGGAAGGAAAAGAAUUUACACUGGAAAAAAAUGACACUUUGCUGAUUCGUGUUGGGAAAGAGUAUAAAGCCAAAAGACCAUCUGGCUCUGUGUCACUAAUUUGUUAUCAGGAUCCCACUCGCAAAUCAAUGAUUGGGUGAUCUCUUAAUGUUUGUUUUGUUAUUUUUCUUUUGUGUUUAUACUUUUGUUUUUUGUUGGGAUUGGGGAAAGUUGUGUUGUUUUUAAAUUGGCUUAAAACAACUUUAAAACAUUAGGUGAAAGAUCACAAGACAGCAAGAAAUUCUUUCCUAUUUACAUUUUUUGGUCAAUAUUUCAUUGUUUAUUUUUUUACUUUAUGAUAAUAACAAUAUAUGAUCAGACUUGUUAAAUAUUUAGGAACUUGUUUAAAGAUUAGUCAUAAAUUAAAUGCAGCUACUGAAUGAUCCCACUUUAUAUCAAAUGAAAGAAUGAAUGGAACACUUUCUCAUCAUUUUUGUUUACAGACAUGUUGCAUUUUUAAAAAUUUUUUUUAACUAAUACUGAUUUGCUUACAACAAACUGUAUGGCAAAGUACAAAAGUGAAAAAAUGUUUCACAUACCCUCUAAAGGUGCAGAGUAUUUGUUCACUUUAAUUAUACAAAAUGUUUUUGAUUAGUUGCAAAAAAGAAGGAAUAAGAAUAGCUUCAAUUUACAUUCAAGUUAAGUUUAGGCACAUGAGAUUUAAGACGUCACACAAAUCAGUGUAAAUUCUACAAAAAUUUUAACAAAUUAUUUUGGCUGAGAUGCAGUUAGGCAAGUAGAAGAUAGCAACAUCUCCCUCAGAACUUACAUGGUCUUUAUUGAGCCAUGAAGAAAUUUGACUUAUCCAUCCAUCUUACUAUAUUAUCAGCUGUGGUAUAUAUUUUUAUUUUAUGUUUUUUGUGUAUUUUAUAAUGGUCACAGCAUGUGUCCAUGCAAACAUGAAUAUAUGUCAGGUACACAGUUUAAGUGAUGCUUUAAAUUCUUGAAUAUUUUGGAAGUUUUGCAUUUUGAAUUAACAUUUGUGUUUAUGUUUUUUUGUUUGUUAUUGGUUUUAUCUAGUAUAGUGAUGAUUGUUUUUCUUUUCAUCAACUGCAAGUAAUCUUUUGAGAUCCCAAAGGAAUUAAAAGUUUAUUGUAUUUGAAUUAUAGUUGUGACUUAGUUCUUUUGCUAUGCAUCAUACUCAUUUCAACAUUAAGAAUUAUCAACUAAGAAAUUUUUUUUUAUGAAGUAUAGUUGCAAUUUAUCAAGAAUAUGAGGUUAAUUGUGCAGCUUUAUACUUCCAUUGUUUUGUCAUCUGAUGUAUAACAAUGCACAGUCUUUCAGGAUAGAAAAAUAUCAAGUUCUAGAUAUAAUCAGGUGAAUCUAAUGAGCUUAUUAUAAUUGUAUUGCAAAAUUUUGUAUUUCUUCUGGGGGUGAGGUGUAUUGUUGGGAGGGGUAAAUAAGACUUUACACAUUUAAUUCAAGAAACUACUUUACUCCAGGUUUUUCAAGUUACAAAAAAUUUGCUGUGGUUUUGUUGUCAGCUUUUUUUUUUUAAUAAAGUCUUUAGAUCUUUGAACUUUUACAUGUUUAAUAAUAAAUAUUUUCAUUAUUCAGUGUUUAUAGGUGGAUGACAAUAAAAGACUUAAACACUAUAGUAUCAGCCUUCUUUAUCAUUCACUUCAUUGAGUGCUUGAGACAAUGGUCUCACUUAAGUGAUUCGCAGAUCUCUAAAAUCUGUUACAGUUAUGUAAAAUAACCCCACCUUAGUAAUAAGCCAUUGUCAAAACAAUUUUACUUGAAUGUAAAUAAUAGGUUGAUUUUUUUAUUUAAAGUGAGUGCAUGCAUGUCAAUGAGGAGAUGGUUACAUGACACAAAAAUCCUGUUUGAAACAAACGUUGAUGAAGGUAUUGAAUCCAUGCAACUGCAUAAUUGUCUACACUCAUUGCUGAGAUGCAAAACUACAAAAGUAAUAUUUCAGCAAAAGAUCUAGCACAUCAAAAACAUUUGAUGUAAAGAGGAUGACAAUGUAAAAGACAAGAUGUGAAGGAAACAAGUUAUCACAGCUGCUGAAUGAUCACUUUCCAAAAUUAAAAAAGUCAUCCUGAAAAAUAUUAUAUCCUUGUGGAAACAACCUUUCUAUGACCAAAUGUUUAAGCGGCAGGCUGCAUUUAUCUCCAACAAAUUGAUCAUACACUAUGAAAUUUUUUUCUCCAAAAACAUAGUUUACACAAGUCCCUACCUGGGCGCAUUAAAACAAGAGGUUUAAAAGCCAAAAUCAUGGGGCUGGUUGAUUCAACCACAGCCUGUAAACAAUUUGCUCACCACGACCACAGCCUAUAGUCAAUUUGACCAAAUCAUCAUCUAUGGCAAUCUAUGCAAUGAUCUAGCCAUAAAAUAAGUGAAUUUUGAUGUACUCUCUCGUGUUUCUUUGCCUCAUGUUCAUCUGUGUGUGUGUGUGAGAGAGAGAGAAUGGAUCCUUGACAGUACAGAGUUUUCCACAUAUUCAAACAUCUUCACAUUUUUUUGCUUGUAUUUAAAAAAAAGGAUGGCCUUGAGCCAUACAGUUCUGCUAUGCCAAUUGUUCUGCUAUUGUAUAAAUUAAAUGAAUUCAGUUUUUUUUUCUCUCUCAAACAUAAGUAGUCAUGCGCCACAUCUAACAGUGUAUACUUUUCAUUUGAUAACAACUGCAGCUGACCCACAUACAUCACAUGACUAAUUUGUGCAGAAAAAAUGUCUUGUUCACAUACAACAAAUGUGUCAUUACACUGGAUAGUAACUUAUGCACUUGAAUUGACAUAGCUGUGGCCAAAUCGACUCAGGGUCAUAGUCGAAUUGGUAAAUGCUUGACUAGUAAUAAAGUACUUAAUAUUGCAUAACUAUGCUAUAAAACAAUACAUAUUUCAAAUCUUUUAAAUAACCUAUGUGGAAGUAGGGGAAAAUAGGACAAAAUCAUGACUAUGGGUUGUAAAGAAAUAUAUAACAUGAUUGUUUAGCCAAAUAUGGCCUAAUGACACUAGAAACUUGGAGGUAAAAGAAAAAACUUGUACAGAAAUUACUGUUAAAGAAUAAACCUGUAACAGUUCUUGGGGAAAAAAAUGCCAAAAAUUAAUCAGAUAAUUUUAAAAGAAAAAAACAAAACAAAACAAAAAGAGACAGAAGUUCUGAACUUUAACCAUGAAAAAUACUUGUUCCAUUUAAGCAAAAAUCUGCCUCUUAAACAAGUAAACAUUAG